AUGACUUUGAGAUGGGGCAUUAUUGGAUGUGGCUUGAUCUCCCAUGACUUUGUCAGAGCUUUGAGGUUUGCCAAGGAGAAUCAUAAGGUAUGUUAAUGUAAUUUUGAGGUAAGACCGGUAGUGGGAAAAAUUUUUUUAGGUUUGGUAAUUCAAAAAAGGUAUUUUCAAUUUAUUCAGUUUUAAAACGAAGUUAGCUAACUAGUUAGGGGCUAUAAUAAGUUUAUACAACAGCUUGUUUUGUUUUAGGUGGUUGCUGCUGCUGCCAGCUCUUUAGAGAAGUCGCAGAACUUCUUGACAGAAAUGAAAAUUGAUGAUGGCAAAGCCUACGGUGAUUAUGCUGAACUGUGCAAGGAUGAGAACGUUGGUAAGCUAUUUUUAAACGUAUUAUGGAAAGUUACAAAAAUUCUAAUUUUGUCAUUUUUAGAUAUUGUCUACAUUGGUCUGCUGAAUGAUGCUCAUAUAACGUGGGCAUUGAAGGCAAUGGAAGCUGGAAAGCAUGUGUUAAGCGAGAAGCCUAUGGGCUUGAAUGAGAAGCAAAUCAAGCAAAUGAUCGACAAAUCUCGGGAAACUAAACGGUUUUUGAUGGAGGUAAGAGGAAGUGAUAUUUUAGGUAUCAUCUUAGAGGAAAGGAUAUUUUAGGGACUAUCACACAGUAAAGAUUUAUUUUUGUUGUCGUGUUGUUUACUUAUAUUUGAUAUAAAAUUUACAUUUAGGCUAAAUUUAUUACUUUAAAAGCUACAUUUAGGCCGUAUGGUCCAGAUUCUUUCCUCUCUGGCUGGAAAUCAAGAACAAGAUCCAUGACAAGCAUUUAGGCGAACUGAAAGUGGUCGAUAUCAGUUUCGGUCAAGAUUUACCGGAAACUCGAAGAGAUACGACUAAGGGCGAAACUCCACUGUACGAUAUUGGUAUAUACACGGUAGUUUUGGCUUUAUACGCUUUUGAUGACGAACGACCAGAAGCGGUACAAGCUUUUGGAGAAGUGAACGACAAAGGGGUGGAUCAGUGGGGAAACAUUACACUCAAGUUUAGUAAGGGAAGACACGCGAUCUUGUACUUUAACGGCAAUACAAAGCUGUUGAAUCAAGGAACGUUGAGCUUUGAAAAGGGAAAUAUUACGGUAGGUUUGCUGUAUUUAGUAAGUCAGAGUAAUUAAACUUUUAAAAAAUAUGGGUAUUGUUUCAAAAACUUUGAAAAGUAUAGAUUUUGCUACCAUAAUAUUUUCAAAAAUUUGAAAUAUUACCUAUUUUGGUACGAAAAACUAAUAAAUGCAAUUCCAGUUCCCACAGUACUUCUGGAGUCCUCUUGAAUACCAUGAAGUUAGAGGUGAACUAACGCCUACAAAAGGUGAAAAGAAGGUGUGCACUUACGAGUUGCCAGACGAUGACAGUAAAUACAAUUUCAUCAACAGUGCUGGUCUUCACUUUGAAGCUGAUCAUGCUUACAAGCGCAUUCAAGAGGGUAUGAUUUUGGAUUUUGUGGAAAAAAGUUAUUUUAGGUAAAAGCUUAAAAGGUAACUAAAUGUUUUGAACGAAAAAGAGUAAAUUUCAUAAGUUUUGUUUCAAAAGGCUAAAAUAAGACUAAAAUAUUUUCAAAAUGACACAAAGUAAACGUAAAACCUCAAAAAUUACGUUUCAAAUACAUCAAAAUGCACUCGGAUUAACGUGGAUCGUUACCCAAUGUUUUAGGUGAGAUCGAGAGUGACAUCAUGAGCCACGCACACUCGCUGAAUCUGCACGAAACGCUCUACAGAAUCCGCAAGGAGCUGGGCGUCUCCUUCCCACAAGACUAA